AUGAAGUACAUCGAGCAGUUCCAGAAAGGCUACAAGCCGCCCUUCCAGGAGCAGGGCAGCGCCCCCGGCCUCCAGAGCAAGCUCGAUCCUCAGCCGCUCAACGAUGUCACGGCGGACGGCAAGCCAUACAAGGCCGCCAACAAGCUUGAAGGUCAGAGCGCCAUUGUCACUGGUGGUGACAGUGGGAUCGGUCUGGCUACGGCACUGCUCUUCGCGCUGGAGGGUGCCGACCUCACAAUAACCUAUACUGCCAAAGAAAAGGGAGAAGCGAAGGCAGCAGAGGAAGAGAUUAAGAAGAAAACAAACGGCAAAAUCAAGCUUCAGAGCUUCGAGUUCGACCUUCGCAAGGAGGAGCAAUGCAUUGUCCUCAUUGAGAAGCACCUUGCGUUCCAUGGAAAGCUUGAUGCGCUCGUACUGAAUCAUGGCACACAAAACGCCAACAACUUCCUCCCCACCCUUCCCACCGAACAAUGGCAUAACACAUUCGAUACCAACAUCCAUUCAUUCUUCUACCUAUGCAAGGCGGCAAUCCCACACAUGCCUCCUGGAGGGACAAUUAACUUCAACGCGUCCAUCAACAUGGCCGUUGGGCACCCCGAGCUGAUCGACUACACAGCAACAAAGGGUGCUAUAAUUGGCCUGAUGCGUGCGCUCUCCAAUCAGAUUGUUGGGGAUAAAGGUAUUCGCUGCAACGCCGUCGCACCUGGUCCAAUCUGGACACCGCUCAUCCCGGCAACGAUGUCCAAGAAGUCGAUCGAGACGUUCGGAACGACAGUGCCGAUGGGUCGCGCCGGUCAACCUAUCGAGAUUGCAACUGCUUUCGUAUACCUCGCGUCACCGGACUCGAGUUACAUCAGCGGUCAGAUUAUUCACAUCAACGGUGGUGUUGUCAUCGAGUAA